CGGGAACGAAUUCGUGUGGUGUCUUAUCUCUUUUUGUUUGAUAAAAAAAGACUUACUCCUUUUUCUCAGACCCAUUCAUCCACACUCUUUCACCCUCGUUCUGUCGCUGAUGCCGUCCUCUCAUAAAUAAUCUCACUCUCGCACUCACCAACUCUUUAUCUUCCUUACAACUCUUAAUAUUUUUAGUAAAAGUCUACUCGCCCAUUUUUCAUCACACCCGUCUCGACUUUAAACAGUAAAGACCAACCAUGGCAACAUACAAGCAGCGCACACACUACAACCGUCAAACUGGCGGAUACUCAUCUGAGCAGGACUUGCCUGCAUCACAGCAUGCAACUGCUGGUAAACAUACGAGUGAAUCGAUAUUAUCUAGCUCGUCACAUGCAGCAGCCUUAUCUCAUAUCAAUCCAGCAGACGAUAUCCUCCUUGACGAUGCAUUAGAUCAAGAAUGGACGUCCAUCCGUCACCAUAACACUAGUGGUGCUGCUCGGGCGCGGGCGCGACAACAGUUGUAUUUGCACCAGGAGCAACAGCGUGCGCAGGAAUGGAGUUUCGUAUUAGGUCAGCGUCAUCAACGACCCUCCCUAUCAGGGGCUGUCACAGGCAGUAUCAGGAGUAAUAGUACUGAAACUUUUACUCAUGAGACCGGAACCCUGUCUUCGGAUGAAGGGGACGAUGUCCGUGAUAGUCUUACUGAAUUGGCAACAACAGCUAUUGGCCCACGUGGUAGAGAUGCAAUGUCACUUCGACUGCAUGAAACACAUAGUCGUCGUAGAGAUAGAGCCAGCAGUAUCGGUACUUUGAGCUACUCUGAUUUUACCAGUGAGGGUCUAGAAAGCAUAGAGGGCGAGUCUGAAGAUCCUUCUAUCUGGUCACAGGACGAUGACGAAGGUCACUUAUCAUCUUCUAAUACGGCCACGCCGCGACUCUCUGCACGCCGUAUUACCCCAGCAUCGCCCUAUACGGGAUCAUCUCCAUCAACGACUUCGCUCAAUAAUAUGAUACAUCCGUCUUUUGCACAGCAUUUAAGUGGAGUUGGAAACAGGUUCCAUACCCAGAUGCUCUUCCAUGAUGGUGCUGGUAACUUUGUAAUGAAUACUAGCACUCCAUCUUCGUCUCGUGUGGGUUCUGACCAUGAGUCUGAGCUGUAUACUGGGUGGGAAAGCUCUUCUUCCACAUCUUCAUCAAUCAAGCACCGGCAGCGUCAGCAAAAGCAUAGAGAACAAUGGAGCGAAAAAGGAUGGGUUACAAAAUCAAAAGGUCCUGUUUCCCCAGGUGAAUUUGAUACUGUAAUCAACAAUAUUUCUCUCUUGCAGGAUCGCUACGUCCCUUCAUCCCACCAAAAGCAGCUGUUGGCUGCAUCUCCGAGCACACAACGCAGUACUUUGGGUUACUCUCACUCUCAUCAUCAUUUACCGUCCCCACCUCCCUCUACUGCUACUAUUGCGACUAGUACCUCAAAGUACUCUAAAAGACGCCCCGGUCCAUCCAAGCUCUCAAAAUGUAAUAUUUACGAAGCGGAGAUGGAGGACAUUGAUGCCAUGGUGAUUGAUAUCCCUGCCAAGCAAAGUUGGUUGCAAGUAUUUGAAAGUGCUUUGAGUACAUUUAGAUCGCGCGAAGUGGAGCUAGAUUUGGAUGACAGUUCACAUAUCAAUCCCAUAAAGGCACUGGCACGCCAUGCUUCCUAUGAUGACACAGACUUAGUUGGUCUAUCAAAGACUCUCGUCCCGGAAUAUUUGUCAGAUAACACGCCAGUAAAAAUGAGACGCCGCUCCUGGUCCAAUUCUACGACCAUAAACAAGAACCCGUGUACCAAUACGAUUGCAUCUUCUUCCGUUGAUUCGAUGGGCAGCAAUGCUACAAACAUGAAAAGGAUCAAACAACAAGUUUCUGCAUCUUCAUUGGAAGCUCUUAAGAGGCUACAGGCAUGGCAUAGGACCAGCUAUCAGGACUAUGGAAAGGCACAUCAACCUUUUUCGGCGGUGACAGCAGCAUCUACUGUCCCUAUAGAAUCAGUGCAUAGUGAGCAUCUUGACCCAAUGCAAGUACAUUUCCCGCCAACUGUUCCGGACAAUUUACGAGAUGAUGCUCCCCGUACUCAAGCCAUUAAACCAAGCUCGAAUCAAGGUGCAGAAAGUGAACGCCAAGGGCAGACAAGCGGAGAACGCGACUCUAACCUUCUGGCAGCAGUGAUCUCAACUCUACGGCGAUUCGGCGAUCACGUCAAAUCCAAUCUACUGCACCCAGAAUUUGACGAGGACACGUCCAAUUAUUUGGCAGGACUUGGGUUUGAAGGUGAUCUAGGCAUUGAGUGGGCAACCGGCCGUGGCGCGCCCUUGGCACUUUUAGAAAAUAAUAACGCUGUAAGCUCUCAUGGCCAUCAGCCUCAUCACCAAGGCUCUCGCCGUAGCCAAAGCGCUCUUGAUAACUAUCCUUCCACCACUAUAACUACCUCAUCUACAUUCAUGUCCCAAUCGACCUCAAGCGCACUCCCAAAAAGACUGAGCAUCCGUAGAAAUGGUAGUGACUGUGGCCUGGAAAGUAUGUUCCAUAAUCAAACUCGGGAGUCUGCUGUGAACACGACUACUUCCUAUUGAUAACUAGGGUUAGAAAUGUUUAGUCCAAAC